AUGAUGAUUUCCCGUUUUCAGAAAGAACGCAAGGUGCUGAACAGCAAACGCCUCGACCUCGAUGCCUGCAAGAGCCGCUUGAAAAAGGCGAAAACGAUGGAGACGACGACUGCCGGAAAUAGCCGCACCACUGGCGGUUUUACCGUAGAACAGGCUGAAGCAGACUUGCGAGUGGCCCAGGCCGAAUUCGACAAGCAGGCCGAGAUCACGAAGCUUUUGCUGGAGGGAAUUCAAUCGGCACAUAACAGCCAACUCAAAUGCCUGCGCGACUUUGUGGAAGCGCAAAUGAUGUUCUACGCGCAGGCGCAUCAAUACAUGGCCGAUUUGCAGCGUGAAUUGUCUGGAAUGCUAACCCUCGGAAACACGUCGGUGGUGAUGGCGCCUGCGGGGAAUAGCUUCGCCUCGAGAAUCAGCUCGCCGCCAGGUGGUGGAAAGGGCCUGGAUCCGGACGACCUAUCAACAAAACAGGCCAAAGUUCUGAUGGCCUACGAGGCGGUGACACCAAAUGAAAUCUCGGUGGCGGAGAAUGAUAUCCUGAUCAUCUACCGCCUGCCCGGCAUGGACCCCGAGUUUGUGAUGGCCGAAAAGGGAGGGAAUCGCGGCAAGGUCCCGAUUUCCUACCUUGAAGUACUC